ACCAGGGUACCACUCGCCCAAGUUGCUGAGGUGCCCCAACGACGAUGGCGCCUGCGCCUGCCCUCUUGCAGUCCAUCACCAUUCCACGCACAGAGACUCGCUCCACCCCGUCGCCCGCCUUCACAGUCUACGCCAUCCUCGUCACCUUGCCCGUGCGCAACUGGACCGUCUACCGGCGCUACUCGGAGUUUCUCGCUCUGCACCAGUCCUUUGGGGAUCGUCCACCUCCAGUCCCUUUCCCACCUAAGCACGUUGCCAAGAGUACACUCAAAGUCUUUACGGCUGGUCUGAGCGGGUUGUUGGGAGGUGGGAACGAAGAGGAGAUACAGAGGGAGAGAAAGGAAGGACUAGAGCGGUACCUCAAGACUAUCGUGGCUUCACCUGAGGCUACAUGGAGGGAGACGGAUGCCUUCAAAGACUUUAUAGAGCUGCCUAGGUCUACACCUUUAUCAGUCCCUUCGGGAUCUGGUAGCGCUUCUAACGGCGGAGUUGCGAGCAGAGGAGGCACGACAGGAACCACAUCAUACCGCCAGCAGUCGCACGCAGUCCACGGUUCCUACGUCCCACCCUCCGCCUCUAGCUACUCGACCACUCGGCGGCUCGGUCGUCCUGCACCCGCACAAGAGACUGAUGAGACCCGCCCCCUCGAUGAUGCCUCUCUCCUCGCUUCUCAGCAAUCUCAAUUUGACCGCCAGGACGCCCAGCUAGACUCGCUGGCGGCUAUCCUACGUAGACAGAAGCAGAUGGGAAUGGCCAUCAAUCAGGAGCUGGUGGAGCAGAAUGAGUUGCUAGAUACAUUGGAUGGAGAGGUGCAAAAUACACAGAGCAAGAUGAAGAAGAAUGAGAGUCAGAUUAGGAGGCUGGGAUGAGAAGCGUGAAUGGCGUCUCUCAGCACCUAUACCGUCGGGGAACUUCAAGGCGUCUUGCCCAUACGAGGACGCCCCUUCUUCUUCGAGUGAGUCAGAGUUCUCCCCUCGCGCUGCCCCCUGUGCUUCUUCCCAUCGGAUCAGGCCCUGGGCAAAGCAGCCUUUCGCCCUUCCGCAAGUCUCCUACCAUACUGUGAUAGAGCAGACUUUCGGGGCAAAAGAUCUGGGGACGAUGCAAAUCACUCCGAGUCACGAGCACUGCGAGCAUG